UUAAACCUAGUUAUUUUAAUAUUUGAGACACUUUGAGUAUAAAUCAUAAAUUUAUAAUACUUGAAUUUGAACUGUGCUUCUUUCUUCCUAAAUUUGGAAUUUCUUUACCCCUUCUUUUUUCUUAAUUUGGUAAUAUAGACUUUAAAAUAGAUGAAAACAAAUACCACAAUAGUGUAAAAAUCAAUCGAUUUCCGAACAUAUUUUCCCUACCUAAAAACAUGAUUCAUGUUUAAGAAAAAAAACAUUACCAAUUAGUACUAAAUGGCCCACCGAUAUUGUAUCAUGUAUGUAUUAAUGCAAUUUUUGACAAGACAGAAUACUAAGGUUAUAUCUCCUAUAAAUCAACGCCAUAAAAUGAAUUUUCCUUAUCUUUCAUUCCUCAACAAACAACUCUACAUUAUCAACUCUAUCAAGAGAAAAGCACAAAAAAAAAAAAAAAAAAAAAAAAAAAGUUAGAAAAAAUGGAGGAUUACACUCCUAAUUUGCAGUUAAUUCUGCUAGUUAUUUUAGCUAUAUCUCUGAUUACUACACUGGCUAAAUACCAUUAUACUCGAAAAUCGAGAAAAAGUAUAAACAAGCACAAGAUUAGCAAGCAACUUCCUCAACCAGCAGGGGCAUUGCCCUUCAUAGGCCACUUACAUCUUCUAGGUGGCAAAAGAACCAUAGCCCGGACCCUUGGAGCCAUGGCUGACGAAUGUGGGCCGAUCUUUUCCCUCCGCCUCGGCCAACAGCGGGCAGUAGUCCUGAAUUCCUGGGAGAUGGUGAAAGAUUGUUUACUCAACAAUGAUGCUGUCACUGCAACACGGCCUACUAUGGCUUUGAGUAAGCACUUAGCUUACAACUAUGCAUCAUUUGCUAUCUCUCCUUACGGUAAAUACUGGCGUGAUAUGAGAAAGAUAGCAACUGUUGAGCUUUUCUCGACAAAGAGGCUCGAGAAGAUGAAGCGUGCUCGAGUUUCAGAGAUAAACUCCUGCAUCAAACAUCUGUUUAAGGAAUGCAGAGAGGUUGUAGACAGCAAGUAUCAAUCUGGCAGGAUCUCGCUAUGUAAGUGGUUCGAGUAUACAAGUUUUAAUAUUGCUAUUCGUAUGAUAGUUGGUAAGACAUUUUCUCCUCAAUCAUACGAAGAAAGUAGCACCUUUGCUUCGCGAUUCAAGAAGUUAAUAGGCAAAGCUACAUACGUUGCUGGGGUGGCCGUGCCCUCGGAUUUCAUACCGUCUAUUGAAUGGAUGGAUGUGAUGGGGUACAUUAGCUCUAUGAAAGAUAUUCACAAGGAAAUAGACAUGAUUAUUGGACAUUGGCUUGAUGAGCAUAUCCAAAGAAGGAAAGAUUACAAAGGUAGCUAUGAAGAUGUUGAUUUCAUGGAUGUAAUGCUAUCGAACCUCGCCGAGGGCACUAUGAUUUCCGGCUACACUAGGGAGACUGUCAUCAAAGCAACAGCACUGAUACUACUAUUAACGGGGUCUGAAAGCACCUCCAUCACACUAAUAUGGGCCAUCUCCCUACUAUUGAAUCACCCAAAGGCCCUAAAAGCAGCCCAAGAAGAACUAGACCAACAAGUUGGAAAACAAAGAUGGGUAGAGGAAUCAGACAUCCCAAGCCUACCAUACUUGCAAGCCAUUAUCAAGGAAACACUUCGUAUGUACCCGCCAAGCCCAUUGGCCGGCCCACGAGAGGCGUUGGAAGAUUGCCACAUAGGCGGCCACCUCGUCUCAAAAGGGACCCGCGUAGUUGUCAACAUUUGGAAGGUGCACCGGGAUCCAAGGAUAUGGACCGGGCCAGACGAGUUUCGGCCCGAAAGGUUCUUUGAUGAGCAUGGUAAUAUUGAUUUUAGGGGGCAGAGUUAUGAGUACAUCCCUUUUUCCGCAGGAAGGAGGGCCUGUCCUGGGAUGAACUUUGGGUUGCUAGUGGUUCAACUAUCGCUGGCUCGUUUGGUCCAAGGAUUUGAUUUAUUGACUGAGGACGGUGCCCCGGUCAAUAUGUCAGAAGGCUUGGGCCUGGCUAUGCCCAAGGCAACCCCGUUGAAUGCCAUCCUUGCAACUCGUUUGCCUUCGGAGUUGUAUGAUGUCCUGUAAAAGGUGCAUUUACCAGCAUUUUACACAUAAUAUGCGAUAAAGCUUCCUAUGGCUAUAUCUACCGUCAUCAAUAAGCUAUAUUCAAAUAAAUUGGUAGGUGCAAGUGUGAGUAGUGUUUGUGUCACAUUGAAAAAGAAAGUAACAUGCUUUCAGUUUAUAACCCAAGCAAGCUACUACUCAUAUUGCCAAUUAGUUUUAGAAUGGAACCUUGCUAUGGGCUCUGAUUUGUAGACUUUUGGACUUCUCUCCCUUGUGUAAACUCCCAUCUGUUAUAACAUAAAUACUUCUAUCCUCCUUUUCA